UUAGGGUUAGGGUUAAAGCAAAUUUAAAAUGAAAAAAGCAAAUAAAACGAAGGUAUGGAGAUUAAAUACGCUUUACAUCGCUUAAUCAGCCAAAGGAGUAAAUGUAAACAACUGAAUACUUGUCAGCGAUUGGUUGAAAUUAUCGAAAUAAGACAAUUUUUUACAUGAAAUAAAUUCGAAUACAAAAAUAUUUUUCUGUUCUAUAACACAAAAUAGAUAAGUAUACGAAGUUUGAAAGUCUUUCCGUACCAAAAACACUACGUAAAACAUUAAUGAAAAAUGUGGCCCCCGUUUUAAAAUAAAUCCCAUGGCUUUUAUCCUAAGUCCUGUAGCAUGAAAAACAAGACUGUCUUUAGUUUUACGUACGUUUAUCUGUGGGAUUGAUAAUAAAACGAAGACAAUCCACAGAAAAAUGGACUUUGAUAUCCUGAGUAUGCUGAAGCAAUGUGAAAUAAAGUGCCUUGGGGACACAGUGUGCCAAUGUGUAUCAAACUUACAUCCUUACCCUAACCAUUAGACCAUGCCACUUCACGGGGAAGACAAUUGAGAGCAAAGAAAAAAAGAGAAAAAUAUAAAUAAUUAGAGAAAUGUGAAAGCAAUUCACCUAGAGACACGAUGUUAAAGUUUCAACGCCUUAAUAGAUUCUGACCUAUACAAACACAGACAUUUGAUGGAAGACUGUUAAUGUUGUAUAAUAUUUGCAAUGUUGAAUUAUUCUGUCAAUUCACCAUCCAUCCUCUCUUUCUUACUACAUUCUUUUUCCAUUUCAGAAUAUCACAUCUGAGAUUUUUAUUCCACUUCAUCGAUUAAAAGAAAACGAGAAUAACAUAUCAUGUUGAUGUAAAAGAAAUGUCUUCAUUCAGAUGUGCCUCUGAUAUUUUACUGACAUCAAUUCAGGGAAGGCACGUACUGCAAUACUGUUUAUAUAAAUAAAAUCUUUGAUGAACAAUGGGAAAAUAUUUCUUCUGCACAUUGUAUUUAACAGCAACAUUUUCCAUCUUCACUGUCUGGAAUGUAGAGGAGAUUAUCAAUUAACCGAUUAAUUAAUCUUGGAUUACUUUACAAAAAAGUUAACGGUUUACAUUUCUGUUUUAGAUAUUAAGUAAGAUCACCGAUGAAAGAAAUAUAACAUUAAAUUAUUCUCUGUAAGCAGUGACACAACUGGACACAAACUUUCAUACAAAUGUAAAAACACUAUCAUUGUAAUAUGUAUGACAAUUUAUUCGCUCAUAAUGAAUAAUAUAACAAAACCAAAAGACCCAGAUUCAAGAGAGAAACCAUAUUCCUGUGAUAUCUGUGAUAAAUCGUUUUCUGAAAAUCGUUGUUUAACCAGUCACAAACGUAUUCAUAGUGGAAAGAAGCCAUAUCAUUGUGAUAUCUGUGGUAAAUCAUUCUCUAGAAGUAAUCACUUGACUAUUCACAGACGUAUUCAUACUGGGAAAAAAUCAUAUCAGUGUGAUAUCUGUGGUGAAUCAUUUUCUGAAGGUGGUAAAUUGAAAAGGCAUAAACGUAUUCAUACAGGUGAGAAGCCAUAUCAUUGUGAUAUCUGUGGUACAUCAUUCUCUACAAAUGGUCAGUUGACUAGUCACAAAUGUACACAUACAGAAGAGAAGCCAUUUCAUUGUAAUAUCUGUGGUAACUCAUUCUCUAGAAAGAGUUACUUGACUAUUCACAUACGUAUUCAUACUGGGGAAAAACCAUAUCAUUGUGAUAUCUGUGGUAAAUCAUUUUCUGAGAAUAGCACUUUAACUCGUCACAAAUAUAUUCAUACUGGGGAAAAACCAUACAAAUCAUUUUCUCGAAGUGAUAACUUACCUAAACACAAAAGUACUCACACAGGUGAGAAUCCAUUUUAUUGUAAUAUCUGUGGUAAGCAAUUUUCUCGAAAUGGUGACUUGACUAAACACAAACGUACACAUACAGGAGAGAAGCCAUAUCAUUGUGAUAUCUGUGGUAAAUCAUUUUCUGAAAGUAGCACUUUAACUUGUCACAAACGUAUUCAUACAGGAGAGAAGCCAUAUCAUUGUAAUAUCUGCGGUAAAUCAUUCUCUACAAAUAGCUAUUUGAUUAGUCACAAACGUAUUCAUACUGAUGAAAAACCAUAUCGGUGUGAUAUUUGUGGUAAAUCAUUUUCACACAACAGUAAUUUAAAUAAUCACAAACGUAUUCACACAGGAGAGAAGCCAUAUCGUUGUAAUAUCUGUGGUAAAUUAUUCUCUAGAAAUAGUCAUUUGACUAGUCAUGAACGUAUUCAUACUGGUGAAAAACCCUAUCAGUGUGAUAUCUGUGGUGAAUCAUUCUUACGAAAAGGCCUUUUAAACACACAUGUUAGCAUUCAUACACAAGUCUGACCAAGUCAAUAUCAAAAUUUAUUACAACAGAACCACAAUUAUGAAUAUUUUGUCUGCUGAAAAACAGGCUUUAUUCCUCUACAAGCUUCAUGUUAUCAAUGUAUGAAAUUAAUAAAUAUCAACUUCAAUAUCAUGUAUAUAUAUAUAUAUAUAAAUGAAGAGGAUUGUGCUGGAUUUUUGAGGAGUUUGUUAUGAGAGAAUACAGGAAUAAUGAAUAAAAGAUCUAAGCGACAUUGA